UAAAAUGUACAAUCUUGAUCGGAUUUCAUUAGUCGAUCAAUUGGAUUCAAAAUGUACGUGAAAUUAGUAUUGCUUCUUGUUGCCAUUCUCUCGAUUGUCUUCGUCAAUGCUGAUCUGAUCUACCACAACGACGAAAUCCCUUACGACAUCAGUGCGAAGUGUUAUCGUGGCGUUUCCUACUACUCGAACGACCCAAAUGCGAAUAACACAGAUCUCGAUAUAGCCUCUGACAUCGAGUCCCUACUCGAUUAUGACACUCGAGAUAUUUGCUUCUAUUGUAUCUGUUCUGUCGAUGGCAAACACGCAGACUGCGUCAGCCGAGACCCCUUCUACUGCGAUUACUUCAGAUUUCUCAGAAAUGAGACUAACAAGGGCAGAAACAGAUACGGCCAACUCUUCCAGCAAGAUCGACCUACCUACUUUAGACAGCUCUCUUAUAGAGUGAGAAGAACUAUGGACGAAGGAAUGUUCGAACUGGUGGAUAAUUUUAAGUCCAAGCAAAAUAGGAUGGGAGCAGAUCAGCAGUGUGUUCCGUAUGUUUCAAAAUACUCAACUUGUACCGAUGAGAACAGCUGUGCUGGGUGCAAGGAGUGCAAUUGUGACGAGCGCGGACAGUGGGUUUGCGAGGAUGUGACCAGGUGCUUCGGUAUGGACUCCAGGGACAUGGACGAGAAUACCGUCGACAUGGCCUGGGACGCCAUUGAGGAGACAUUCAAAAAGAAAAAUCGAGAAUAUUCGGCCAAACUUGGAACACCUCACGUGCCUAGGCCUCAAAUCAUUGGUGGAGAAGACGAAUUGUUAGGUGACCUCGAAAAGGAGAAAUAUGUAGGGAGUGACGUUGAACCACUUCAAGCCACUAAUAUUCAAGAAUUUAUGAAUAUGCAGAUAGAUUCAAUAAAAGAUAAAUUAAAUGACAGACUUAAAAGAUCUGUGGAUCACAAAAAUAAAACAAAAAGCGAUCACCCAAUAAAGUUUUACCAUACUGUUGAUGAGGUCAAUGAAGACGUAUUAAAACAUUCUAAUGAUUCUGGAACAAUCGUAGCGAAAAAAGCAGUAGCUAAUUUUCCAGUCCAGGUAUCACGCAGAAGUGAACGUUUAAAUGGUAAUAAAUCGUCUAACCCUCUCCAUAUUGAAUAUAAGUCAAAAUUAUACGAACACCAUAUUGCAGAUAACAAAAUCGAUACACAUCCUGUCAUUGAAACAAAAAGUGAAGUCCGUGAAAAACUACAUGAAAUUAUGAAGAAUAAAACGAAAGAAGUGAAAGAUAAAGAUUUGUCAAAAUUGAUUGUCAACGAACUCCAUAAAGGCAUUGAAAUUGUAGGAGAUAAAAAAUCGCCAUCGAUAUCAAAUAUAACGUUUGUACGAGAAAAUGAUACAUUAACAGCUAUGGCAUUCAUCGCUGGAAAUCUACUAAAUAAAUUGUGGCAUUUAGAGCAGGAUAAACAAGAUGAAAUGAUGGACAGUGAGGUAUUAAAACAUGAAAAAAUUGCAGAUUUAGUGGAAUUGUUCAAAGAACCACUAACCAUUCGGCAAGAGACCUUCCUUAAAGGUGCCUUAGAACAUUUAGCAAAUGUAAUGACCAAAGGAAAUGACGAUAAAAACAUGCCAUUAUGUGAACAAGUUGAAAAAAUUAAAUCAGAAUUGGGAGUCUCUAAAAACUGUUCUCUACAUGAUCAUUCUGAUAAACAAGAACAUGCAGACAAAAAAGAAAAACAUGAAGAUUCUUCCAAAAUAUUACGCACAAGAGUAUCAAAUGAUGCUACUUUAGCUGCAAUUGAUAAACUUAAUAACGUUAUGGCUCUAUUACAAAAAUAUGAAGAAGUUCAAAAAAAUAUUUAUAAUAUUAAGUCACAUGGGCAACAUUCAUCUGUACAGCAAGUCGGUAAAAACGUGCCUACAUCGAGAAGUGAACUCAAUAGAAUGGACCAAAUUUUAACUGAUUCCGAAAAUCAAUCUCUCAAUUUGUACGGAAACAUCUUAGGGAAGAUCACAAAGCUACUUGUGCCGAUAAAGAAACAAAACAAUAUAAUAACAACGAUAAAAAAUCAGAAUAUUUUUAAAGAUGAUGAAGAUUUAAAAUCAAAAUUGAAAAGAAUCUACGACAUUGAUCUGGAAAAUUCUACUUUUACAUCAAAAGAUAAAGUGGUUUUAGACUAUUUGGUUAAUCUUAGGAAUAAAAAUUGUAAAAUUACUGAAAAUGGAUAUGAUCCUUCAAUCGCGGAUGGUGAUAUCAUACAAAAUUUGUCAGAUUUUUUAAGAAUCAAAUCUUUCACGGACUUAGUGAAACUGUUGGAACCAGAAAAAAAAACUACCACAACAACAACAACAACUGCUAAUUUUGUUCUAAGAUCAAAUACAGAUACAACAACACAAGUUCCCGCAUCAACAUUAGCUUUCGCUAGUACGACAACUACUACAGCUAAUCCUAAUGCAUUCAAAGGUAAUUUAGUUCAAACAAAAGAAAAACUAAAAGCACAUUUAAAAGCAAUAAUUGGGGAUUUAAUAGAAUUACAGAAAGCAACAGGAAUUAGUUCAAGAGAAGGAAAUAUAAAAAUUGCAGAAGCAUUACCCUGCUUAUAUAAUAUUCUGAAUAACAAUAAAAUGGUUGAGGAUAAAAUUAAAUACCAAUUGAAUAAAGUAAAAUCAGUAUUCGAUUCAAUUAAAGAAGAAUUGAAAUAUAAUCCAUCAACGCGGAGAGUGAACACGAUUACUGAACCGCGACCGAAAUCGGCUGUUAUAUGGGAAAGAGUAAUAAAAAAUGCCGAACUGAAUCCUAAAACUAGGAGACAAAUGGUCAGCCAGCAUACACGUCCAAAAUCAUUUGAUGAGGUGAAAAUAUUGAUUAAUAGCAUGAACAGUUCUACUAACGAUUAUAAAAACACCGCAAUUUUGAAAGGAGUGUCUCCACAAAAGCGUCUCACUCUUUUAAAAACUAUCGAUGUCGACGCCAGGAUAUAUAUAGGGAUACUCGAAAAAAUCAAACUGUAUAUGGAGGAGAUAACAACUUUGAAUCCAAAAAUUGGUAUUACUAUAAACAAUUUCCUUAAUAAAUCAAUUUUAAAUCUCAAACUAGAUGAAGAUGUUUUGAAUAACUUGUACAAACAUAAAGCAACUAAGAAGGCAAUUCCAAAAGUGCACAAUUUCAAGAACUAUCAGCAAUCAAGGGCUGGUGCAUUAACAAUGCCGUCUAACACAAAGUCGAAAACAGUGAAACUUUCAAGAGACGACAUAAUUAAUCAGUUAAUAAAAAAUCGCGUUCAGUUUUAUCUAAAAGUGAAAGCAUUGGAAGACGAGGACGAACAGGAUGACAUCAACGUUAGAUUAGCGAAGAGAAUAUUAAAUUAUUUGGAAACUAAAAACUAUACUAUUGCUAGAGAGUUGUUCAAAGUUUUUGUUGCACAAAAACAACAAAGCAAAUCAGAGGCUUAUGCUUUGCCUAAAUAUCUGGAUGUGAAGCCAAAAACCAAGCAAAAGGGAAUCAUGGCUCUGAAAGAACCCCUCAUCCAGUUCCAAGAAGAAAGGGCCCCUUACAUGGGCAGUGACAUGAGCAGUCUGACUCAAUCGCUCAUGAAGCAACUGACCAACAUAAAGAACAUGAGGUCUUGAAUAUUUAGUUUUUGUACAUUUAUACACUUUUAAUACAUUUUUGUUACUUUUA